GCUCGAUCAACAUACAUGAAUACGUAUAUAUAUAUAUAUAUACAUAUAUAUAUAUAUAUAUAAUAGUAUAUAUAUAUGUGUACACAUAUUUCAACCCAUCGUUUUAGCCAUAACCGAGCCCCUAAAACACCUCUGAGAUCUUCCCCUGCUUGAGAGGAGUCCAACGAAAAAAGAAUCAUUGGAAACGAUCGUGAAACGACGGAGAACGGGCUUGCCGGAGUUCCGCCGGGCUAACCGUAAAAACGGAAAACGGAGAAGACGGAGGAGCUGCCGCUGCCGCCAACCCAUCACUGAUCUUCGCCGUCCCCAAACGAGUCUUCUACCACCACCGUAUCACGAAUCCGUCGAGGAAAGAUUGGCGAAUUUGUUGAAGACGUGAACUAGAUUUCGAGUAGAGUUAGAGCAAAAGCGUGACUUUGAGAAUCAUGCCGCCAAGGAGAGACCCCCAUGCAACCCCAACUGUCCAGGAGCUGGCCCAAACUGUCCAGCAAAUGGCGCAGCUCAUCGGAGCAGCUCAACCCCAGAACCAUGGGAUUGACUACGCAACAAGAGUAGCCGGGCGGAACCCUCCAAAAUACAUGGGCGAGGAGGACCAUCUUAUCUUGGAGGACUGGAUUCGCACUUUCGAUAAGCUCUUUGACUCACUCAAUUGCCCGAUGGAGCAACGAGUGAAUAUUGCGGUGUACUAUCUGCACCAAGAAGCAGACCACUGGUGGGCCGCCAACGGACCAGCACUUCUCGAGCAACCAGACUUUGACUGGGAGGACUUCAUAGUAGCGCUGCGUGAUCGCUUCUACCCGGAUCACGUAAAAGAGGCAAAUUAUGAUGAAUUUGUCAAUUUCAAGCAAGGUGACCUGACUAUUCAGGAAUAUCACACGAAGUUCGUCCAACUGGCCCGUUUUGCCAAAGAUGUGGUGUCAACAGAGGCCAGCAUGACCCGCAGAUUUGUUAACGGACUUAAUUACGGAGCUCAAAAGUUCGUAACUGUAGCAGAACCGCGGAACAUGAACGAGGCAUAUAGGAAGGCUGGUAAGUACUACUUGGUACACCAGAAAGAAAGAGAGGCACAGAAGAGAGACCGGAAGAAUGCUGACAUAGAACAACAGCAAAAGAAAGCCCGAACCAACCGCCCUGAGCAAAGGCAAAACAAUCAAGGCGGUAGAACCUUCCAAGGCCAGGGUCAGGGGAGAAACCAGCCAACUCAGGCACGGUACUACAAAUGCAAACUAUGCCCAAACAACCAUCCUGGGAAGGAUUGUGCGGGGAAUGCGGUGAAGUGUUACAACUGUAACCUCAUGGGGCAUAGGGCAUACGAGUGCCGGAAACCCCCGAGCCAGGGUCAAAACCAGGGGAAUAAUCAAACCGGGGGUGGGGAUAAUCACAUCAACAACAACCGUGGUAAUCCCGGUAACCGCCCAGCAGAGGCCAACCGUAAUCAAGGCCAGGGAGGACAGAACAAUACCCAGGGCCGGAUUUACGUCAUGAACCAGGCUCAAGCAAAUGCCCACGACGUGGUGUCAGGUACCUUUCUUGUAAACUCCACACCUGCUCAUGUACUGUUUGAUUCGGGUGCGUCCCACAGUUUUAUAGCCUCAAAAUUUGUGGAAAAGUUAAAGUUAGAACCUACCACAAGACAUAAUCUUAAUGUAAAAACGGCAUCCAACAAAGUUGUAGCAUGUGGAAGUGUUUUCUCUAAUAUUCCCAUAGUCAUAUCCGAUACCGAACUACCUGGAGAUCUAAUCCAGUUUGACUUGGAGGAUAUCGACGUGGUGUUGGGUAUGGAUUGGCUAGGAAAAUAUAAGGCCAAAAUCCUGUGUGAUGAACAAAAGGUGGUCUUAAGAGGACCCAACAAGAAGCGUGUAUCCUACAAGGCGGUCACAUCUAAGCCAGGCGUGAAGCUGGCAACCAUGCAACAAGUCAAACGAUACGUCCGGAAGGGGUGUGAGGUUUUCUUGUGCAUGAUCAAAGACAUAACAUCCGAGAACCCAACCAUUGACCAAAUCCUUGUGGUCAAUGAAUUUCCGGAUGUGUUUCCAGAAGAAAUUCCGGGAAUGCCGCCAGAGAGGGAGGUUGAGUUUUCGAUUGAUCUAAUACCGGGCACCGCACCCAUUUCGAAGCCACCAUACCGAAUGGCACCGAAGGAGAUGCAGGAGCUAAAGGAACAACUCGAAGAACUAUUGGGUAAGGGCUACAUCAAACCGAGUGUCUCACCUUGGGGCGCUCCGGUCUUGUUUGUGAAGAAGAAGGAUGGAAGUCUGAGACUGUGCAUCGAUUACAGGGAGCUGAACAAAGCAACCAUCAAAAACAAGUACAUGCUGCCUCGCAUUGAUGACCUCUUUGAUCAACUGAAGGGAGCUAGCACGUUCUCCAAGGUUGAUUUGAGAUCCGGGUAUCAUCAGGUGAGGAUUGCUGAGAAAGACAUUCCAAAGACGGCUUUUCGAACGAGGUACGGACACUAUGAGUUCACCGUGAUGCCGUUUGGCUUAACAAAUGCGCCUGCGGUAUUUAUGGAUCUCAUGAACCGAGUGUUCCGACCCUAUCUCGACUUGUUUAUUGUGGUGUUCAUCGACGAUAUCCUGGUGUACUCCAAAACACCAAAAGAACAUGAAGGGCACCUGAGAACGGCGCUGCAAACUUUGAGAGAGAAUCAGCUCUAUGCCAAACUCUCAAAAUGUGAUUUUUGGAGGGAUCGGGUAGCAUUCUUGGGCCACAUCAUCACCCAAGAAGGUGUAUCCGUUGACCCAUCAAAGAUCGAAGCGGUGAUAGACUGGCCUGCACCCACAACCGUGACGGAGGUCCGGAGCUUUCUAGGCUUGGCGGGCUAUUAUCGCAGAUUCGUGAAGGAUUUCUCAAAGAUAGCAAAGCCUUUGACUAAUCUCACGAAGAAGACUACGAAGUUCGUAUGGAGUGACGAAUGCAAAGAAUCCUUCCAAGAGCUGAAGCAGAGAUUAACAACUGCACCUGUCUUGACCCUACCAUCCGGUACUGAGGGGUUCGAGAUUUACACUGAUGCUUGUUUGAAAGGGUUGGGUUGCGUAUUGAUGCAAAACAGUAAAGUGGUGGCAUAUGCAUCAAGGCAACUGAAGACCCACGAGGUCAAUUACCCGACUCAUGACUUGGAACUGGCAGCGGUUAUUUUUGCUUUAAAACUAUGGAGGCACUAUCUCUAUGGGGCACAAUGUAAGGUUUACACUGAUCACAAGAGCUUGAAGUACAUCUUCACCCAAAAAGAGCUUAAUAUGAGACAAAGACGCUGGCUGGAACUCGUCAAGGAUUACGACUUGGAGAUCCAGUACCAUGAAGGAAAAGCAAACGUAGUUGCCGAUGCGUUGAGCCGAAAAUUAACUCACUCCUGCAAAGCAACAUGGAUACUACCAGAUGAGCUAUAUCGGGACUUUCAGAAGCUAGACUUGGAAGUUCGGGAUUUCGGAGAGGUAGAUCGGGAAACGCGGUUACUCACCAUGACCGUUACCCCAUCUAUUUUCGACGAAAUUCGAGAAGGGCAGCCUGGAGACACAAAGCUAGAUAGAAUCCGAUCCGGUAUGACAAAUGGCGUGAACGGACCGUUCAAACUGCACGAAGAUGGGAGCAUUCGACACAAAGGAAGGUGGUGUGUUCCGAUGAAAUGUGAAGAGCUUAAGAAGAAAAUCAUGGAGGAAGGGCACAACACGCCCUAUUCAGUGCACCCUGGAGGCGACAAACUCUACAAAGACAUCAAAAAGAAUUUUUGGUGGCCAAACAUGAAGAAAGAGGUAGCUGAACUCGUGGCUCGAUGCUUAAACUGCCAGAAGGUGAAAGCCGAACGUUGCAAGCCCAAGGGACUCGUGCAAUCCUUGGAAGUGCCAAAAUGGAAGUGGGAUUCCAUCUCCAUGGACUUUGUCGGGGGCUUACCCCUAACCAAAUCUGGCAAAGACAAGAUUUGGGUUAUAGUUGACCGGUUAACAAAGACCGCUCGCUUUAUCCCGAUGAACGAGACUUGGAGCAUGGAGAAGUUAGCCCGAGCCUACAUCAAGCACGUGGUUAAGUACCAUGGAGUUCCUCAAGACAUUGUUUCUGACCGUGACUCCAGAUUCCUAUCUCAAUUCUGGAAAGAGUUGCAAGCUGCUAUGGGAACGAAGCUGAGGCUGAGUACUGCCUUUCACCCGACCACCGAUGGGCAGACGGAGCGGACCAUCCAAACACUCGAGGACAUGCUGAGAGCAUGUAUGUUAGACUUACAAGGGUCAUGGGACGAACACUUAGACUUAAUAGAGUUUUCGUACAACAAUAGCUACCACGCCAGUAUCAAGAUGGCCCCGUACGAAGCUCUAUAUGGUCAAAAGUGUAGAAGCCCACUAUGUUGGGGUGACAUGGUAGAUCAAGUGGUUUUGGGACCGGAUUACCUCCAAGACACCAUCGAGAAGGUGAAGCUAAUCCAAGCCAAGAUGAAAGCUGCACAAGAUCGUCAGAAGUCUUAUGCAGACCUGGGGAGGAAAUCAGCUGAAUUUGAAGUGGGAGAAAAAGUCCUACUUAGAGUCUCCCCGACAAAGGGAGUAAUGAGAUUUGGAAAGAAGGGAAAGCUAAGCCCGAGGUUCAUCGGUCCGUAUGAUGUCCUCGAGCGAGUGGGAAGAGUGGCAUAUCGUCUAGCUCUACCCACUGAGCUGGCUAAGGUACACAAUGUUUUCCAUAUCUCCCAAUUGAAGAAGUAUGUUCACGACGAUUCACAUAUCCUUAACCCUGAGGUGGUCGAGUUAGACGAAACAUUGACUUACGAGGAGAGACCUAUCCAGAUUCUGGACACCAAGACUCGUGAGACUAGAAGAAAAGCAAUUAAGAUGGUGAAAGUAUUGUGGUCUAACCACUUGGCUGAGAAUGCAACUUGGGAAACUGAAGACGAUAUGCGUCAACGUUACCCAGAGUUAUUUGAAUAAGGUAAUUUUCUAGUUACGAGGACGCAACUCGUCUUUAAGGGGGGUAGAAUGUAACACCUAGUAAUUUUAUAUUAUAGAUAGUAGAUAUUAGUUUAUGUUUCGGGACGAAACAUCUUUUAAGGAGGGUAGAAUGUGACACUCCGAAAAUUUUAAUGAAAGAAAAUAAUGAUUUUUUUCGAAUAAAAUUCUUUAAGAGUGGCAUUUUAUUAAGGGAAUAAGAUAAAAUUUAAAACUUUGACACAGUAGUUAGAUAAAAUGGUCAAUAAUGGAAGUGAAUUUUUUUUUUUUACGAGUAUAAGUUAAUUUAGUUAAAUAAAAAGAAAUGUUAAAACCUAUAUAUAUAUAUAUAUAUAUAUAUAUAUCAAUUAUACGAAGUAUGUAUUCGAAAAAUAUGCAUAUAAUAAUAAGGAGUACAGUACAAAUGUAUAUACACUUUGAGGACUUUGACUGAACCUUAAAAACUAAAAUAGAUAAGGAGUAAAAUUUAAACUACGUAUCCUUGUAUAUAACUUAAAAAUGAAUCCAGCCGCGGUUUCACACAAAAUGAACAAUCCGUAGUAAACCCAACUCUACAUACUAUACGAGUAGAGCGGUAGAGCCGAUUGAAUUCCAUCAGCAAAAAUCGGAUCUUCUGUUUAACUAAAGUCGCAGCCUAAAACCCUCUACAUAUCAGUAUAAAUAGAGCCCUCGAUCUUCUUUUCCAUUCACAUAGAGCUGAGCUCGAUCAACAUACAUGAAUACGUAUAUAUAUAUAUAUAUAUACAUAUAUAUAUAUAUAUAAUAGUAUAUAUAUAUGUGUACACAUAUUUCAACCCAUCGUUUUAGCCAUAACCGAGCCCCUAAAACACCUCUGAGAUCUUCCCCUGCUUGAGAGGAGUCCAACGAAAAAAGAAUCAUUGGAAACGAUCGUGAAACGACGGAGAACGGGCUUGCCGGAGUUCCGCCAGGCUAACCGUAAAAACGGAAAACGGAGAAGACGGAGGAGCUGCCGCUGCCGCCAACCCAUCACUGAUCUUCGCCGUCCCCAAACGAGUCUUCUACCACCACCGUAUCACGAAUCCGUCGAGGAAAGAUUGGCGAAUUUGUUGAAGACGUGAACUAGAUUUCGAGUAGAGUUAGAGCAAAAGCGUGACUUUGAGGUGAUGAUGGUUAUGUUGAUUGCUGAAUGCAUGCGCCUGAGAGCGAGUUAGAAGUUGCAUUAGUCAAAUUUAGUCUUCAAAUAAACAUUUAUUUAUUUAGUUUUAUUGUUUUAGCUGCCUGUGCAUCCGGUCGAGAGAUGACCGGAUGUGGCGGUAACACCCAUUUCCCUAUUUAGACUUCCGCUGUACUCUUUAAAUUUUAUUAUCAAUAAAUAAAAGUUUUAUUUCAAUCAUA